AACACCCACAAAUGAGAGAGAACACUCGCAAGGGAGAUCGAGAAAACAAGAGAAAAGAAAAACCUACCAUCACCAACAAUGACGCUGGCAAAUGGGAAACCCCGCUGGAAAAUCCCAUGGCUGCGUAACAACUAGCAGAAUAAACGGACCUUAUUACCUCUCAACAUCACAUACCAUCCCGGCACAUCAUCUCCGGCCAGAAACCCGUCCGUAGAAUAAAAAACGCCGACCUCAGACCGCAAAACUCGAUCCACGACCAUGUGAUAAACAUCCGGUGAUGAACCAUUGGCAGCUACGUGGUGGAGAUCGUGGUGAUCAUGAUGGAGAAGGUGCAGAGAGGGGACACGAUGGAGAAGCCGCGACCAAGGCUAGCGGCAGGGGAGGAGAGGGGUGGGAGGUGAUGAGAGAGGAGAGAAAACUCUCCGAUCAGAACAAAUUUGGAGAGAAGACCCGAGAGGGUGGCGCCCUUCCUCCCACCACGCCCUCCCCUCGAUCAGAACAGAUUUCGUUUAAAUUUGCAUGUUACAAAGACUGAUAAGGGCAUAUUAUGGUUGUAAGGAAGAAAGAAACCAAACUCAUCCAAGCGAAAUUCCACCAAUCCAAAAAUCAUUAUGCUGAGGAUAAGGGUUACAAUUGAUCAAAGAGAUGUGACAGUCAUGAUACAUGCCUGUAUAAAGGCACGGGGUCCUAUCAAUUCAGAUACAUAAUCAGAAUGCUUUUGGUUGUUCUUUCUCUCUAGAAUUAUCUCCUACACAUGUUCUUGACAGGUUCACAAAGUUCACAAAAUCCAAAGGUGUUCUGGCUCUUCUUCGUUGGAGCAUUGAUGCAAUUGAACAAGCAGUCAAACAAGCAGUCAAUUGGGCAUGGGUUCAUUGUAUAUAUCUUGGAGUCGAAUGCGCUGUUAACCUGCUGCACAUCAGAUUCUCUGGCAUCGGUGGCGGCUAAUAUCGUCUCAAGGACAGCAACUUCAAUGUGCCUUGAAGCAACUAUUUUUUUCCUCGACUAUCAAAAUUCCAUCAGUUUUUCAAUAUUUGGAUUGAUAACGGUUUGGGUUCAGUGAUUUCUUUAAGACGAAGAUGAAUAGAUGUGAUUCAAGACUUCCAAAAGGAAAGGGUUAUCGAAUCGAAUAUGGUUUUGCGGUUUUCAGUAAGUUGCCGUACAGGAGAACAUAUCGAUGCGUGCCUAUGAUAGAAACGUUCUCCAAUACUAUACUGUUAAAUUGCCACAGGAAGCUGGGAUGUUUAUAUGAAAUGUGUUGUUUGAAUUCCUUUCUUUGUGCAAGUCUUUUAGUAAUGGUUCGGUUUGGUUUGGUUCGAUAUGACCGGACGUUUAUUCCAAUAUCAAUGCCAAAACUUUGAUCGCACGAGUAGGUAUUCAGAUUGUUAAUUGGAAGAUCGAUGGAGAAGGUACCCAGAAGUCUGGUUUUUGUCACAACUCCAUUUAUCUGCUUGCUUCUCGUCUCCUUGAUCUACACUGUCGAAUUCGGAUUUUAUUUGACUCCAUUAGAUGAAUUCACAAUCAUCGGUUACCAUCUUCUUCCCCGCCGGUCACCAUCUUCGGCCACCAUCUCAGACGCAGAUUGUUGUCAACCGACUUUGACACCGUCAACUUUUCCGGCAACCUUUCCUUCACCAACCAAUUUUUCGGCAAACCUUCCAUCACCGGCGACUUUUCCUACACCUGCCAAUUUUUCAGCGAACUUUUCCAACGCUGAUGUGGUGGGAGAUGAGAAGAAACUGAGAACGAACUGGGACGGGAGUCACGCAGAAGAUGAAGAGCAUCUUUAUCUUCUCUUGAAAAGACUACUGAAAGGAGAAGAUCAAACUCAACUGGAAGCUACCGGAUUUGUUUGCGAUUCUAAGAUUCGCACUGAUGUUUGUGUGUCCAGUAGACCAGUAAGAAUUGAUAUGCUUACAAUGAAGGUUUAUGCACCAUUGAGUCAGGGCAUGCCCCAAGCCAGUCGCACAGUCCAUCCAUAUGCGGUAAAGGACGACGAGGCACUCAUGAAUACUUCGGUUACAGCAGUCCAGAUACUUCCAGGAAAUAUCACCCUCUCUCCUCCUUGCGAUUAUGCCCACAAUGUCACAGCCGUAAUCUUCUCAUCUGGUGGAUUCGCAGGAAACAUAUUCCAUGAAUUCAACGAAAUAAUCGUUCCUUUGUUCCUCACUAGUCGCCACUUCCAAUCUCGCCUACAAUUUAUUCUCGCCAAUUUCAGACCAGAGUUUGUUGCAAAAUACGAUAAAAUUUUGUCCCAUUUGUCUAACUAUGAAGUUAUUAAUCCGGCAUCAAAUGGAGGCAUACAUUGCUUUCCUGGAGCAGUUGUCGGGCUUCACUACCAUGACAAUCUUGCCAUAACAACCACGGAAGUCCCCGAAGGUUCCUCCAUGCUUGAUUUCAAGCAGUUUCUUCGAGAAUCGUACAAUCUGAGGAUACGAGAUUUGUCACAGACAGAAAAACCGGUGUUGGUUCUUAUAUCUCGUCAAGGAUCAAGAGCGUUUCUGAACGAGGAUCAGAUGGUAACCAUGAUGAGGGAAUUGGGCUUCAGUGUCGUGGUCGCAAAGCCUGAUAUGAUGGGCAAUUUAGACACGGUUGCGGAGAUGUUGAACCCUUGCAGCGUACUGGUUGGAUCCCACGGUGCCGGGCUUACAAAUGAAGUCUUCUUGCCCGAUGGGGCUGUCGUGGUGCAAGUGGUGGGGUGGGGCCUAGAAUGGGUCUCAGAAUACUACUUUGGAAGGCCAGCUACAGGGAUGGGUUUGAAUUACCUAGAGUACAAAAUUGAAGCAGAGGAAAGCUCUCUCACCUCUAUCUAUGGCAGAGACCACCCUGUCAUUGUUGAUCCGGCAUCCGUACAGUCGCAAGGGUAUCAGGUUGGAAGGGCUAUCUACCUUAUACAACAGAAUUUUAAUAUUGAUGUCGCGAGGUUUAGAACGACUCUUGUGGAAGCACUUGGACUUCUUGGGCGGUCAGCUCCUUUGGGUUGAAGAAACAGUGUUUUGAGAUGAUUCUGUCUGGGUUACGCUUGAAGAUACUAUUAAGAAACAAAGAGGUAUCUGUGUUAUUUGGAAGAGAAAGAAAUGACCACUCGGUUUGUUUUAAUGUUAUACAUAUACACUCGCCUAGCUAGAAGAGGGUUGUUCGUUUUACGCAUCUCCUUUAGGCACUCGAAAUCUUCUAAACAACAAGAACAUCUCUGCUUCUACAACCAUGCAACAGUCUCAGAAAAUAGUACUAUAACAUUACGGUUCGUUGUAUCCUGGAAAUCAGACAUUUUGACUAUCUGUUUCAACAAAAAUUUGGGCAAUUGGAAAAGGAAUUGCAAAGGCAAGAAUAGACGAUUACCCAAUUAUUCUCCAUAGCUCUCCAAGAAAGGGAAAGCGGGGAGAGGGAGGGAGGAGCAGGACAUGGAAAUCUAAGUACUAACACCACCAUCUAAAAUUGUCGAUUUCUUGGAGGGAGAUGACAAUUGAAUCGCUAUCUUAAAAGAGCACCAAGACCUGAAACCCUGUUUUAAGAAUGUAUGCUUUCUCUCUGUUUUCUUAAUGAAUGUUGAUUUUGGCGCUCCAUUUUUUGUAUGCAGGUGUUCCACUUUUAACUUGAAGUUUUAUAAGCAAAGUGGAGCAUCUA